UUCAUCGCAUGCACUCACGAGGGAAAUUUCAAUCAACAUCAAUUCAUUUACAAUUCUUUCAUCAAAGAAAUGGAUGAUGAGCAGGAAACCUAUAAAUUGUGGAGAAUAAGAAAAACUGUUAUGCAGCUUUGUCAUGACCGUGGCUACUUGGUGACUCAGGAUGAGUUGGACCAAACUCUUGACCAGUUUAAAGUGCAGUUUGGAGAUAAACCUAGUGAGAGGCGCCCAGCCAGAAGUGACUUGAUUGUACUAGUAGCUCACAAUGAUGACCCAACAGACCAGAUGUUUGUGUUCUUUCCUGAGGAGCCAAAAGUUGGAAUCAAGACCAUCAAAACGUACUGUCAGAGAAUGCAGGAAGAGAACAUUACCAGAGCUUGUAUUGUUGUACAGCAAGGAAUGACCCCAUCUGCAAAACAGUCUCUUGUGGAUAUGGCACCAAAGUAUAUAUUGGAGCAGUUUUUAGAAGCUGAACUUUUAGUCAACAUUACAGAACACAUGGUGAGUA